CCAGCUGGCUACGGCGCACGCGUAGAACGUGGAGGAGGCCAUGUUAAAGUUACAGUGAAGUCAGCCUUGAUUUUUUUCUGACGACGUAUGUUUAUAUUGUUGGUUUCCCGUUGUUUGUUGAGCCAGAGUCCCAACAAACAGAACGGUUGGAUAAAGAAACUGGAGUUCUAAAAAUGAAUUCCAGUUUCGACCUUUCAAGGCGAAAUCCGCAGGAGGAUUUUGAGCUCAUACAGAGAAUUGGAAGCGGGACCUACGGAGAUGUGUACAAGGCUCGAAACGUCACCACAGGGGAGCUGGCAGCCAUCAAGGUCAUCAAACUGGAGCCUGGGGAGGACUUUGCAGUGGUGCAGCAGGAGAUCGUCAUGAUGAAGGACUGUAAGCACUCUAACAUCGUGGCCUACUUCGGCAGUUACCUGAGGAGAGAUAAGUUAUGGAUAUGUAUGGAGCAUUGCGGGGGCGGGUCCCUUCAAGACAUAUAUCACGUGACGGGCCCUCUCACGGAGUCGCAAAUAGCCUAUGUGUCGAGGGAGACUCUGCAGGGGCUGUAUUAUCUACACAACAAAGGGAAAAUGCACAGAGAUAUUAAGGGAGCAAACAUACUGUUGACUGACAACGGAUAUGUCAAACUAGCUGACUUUGGCGUCUCUGCACAAAUCACAAUGACAAUAGCCAAGAGAAAAUCCUUCAUCGGCACACCUUACUGGAUGGCACCAGAGGUGGCAGCAGUGGAGAGGAAGGGCGGGUACAACCAUCUGUGUGACAUCUGGGCUGUGGGCAUCACAGCCAUCGAGCUGGCAGAGUUGCAGCCACCCAUGUUUGACCUGCAUCCGAUGAGGGCCCUGUUCUUGAUGACCAAAAGUAACUUCCAGCCUCCCAAGUUGAAAGACAAGGUGAAAUGGACCAAUAAUUUUCAUCAUUUUGUGAAGAUAUCCCUGACAAAAAACCCUAAGAAGAGGCCUUCUGCAGACAAGCUGUUACAGCAUCCCUUUGUAUCCCAGCCGCUGAGUCGGACACUGGCCAUUGAGCUACUGGACAAGGCGAGCAACCCGGACCACUCCACAUACGAUGACCACUUUGACGACGACGAGACGGAGCCCGAGACUCCUGUGUCUGUACCUUAUCGGAUCCCCUCAGGGAAUACGCGGGAGGGGAAAACGCUCUCUGAGAUCAACUUUGACCAAGUCAAGUUUGAUCCCGUACGUAGAAAGGAGACUGAACCAUAUCAUGACCUACACGACUCUGACGAUUUUUUGGACUGUGAGGAAGAUAUAUACUACACUGCAAGAUCUAAUCUGGAUUUGCAAAUGGACUAUGAAGAUGUAUCUCCCAAAAGUUCCAUCUUGGGUGGAAAUAAGAGUCUUUUGAAAUCGGUUGAAGAGGAGCUAAACCAAAGGGGACACGAGACUCACUUAGAAGACGAAGAGGAUGAUGAUGGCGGCAACGACGCAGAUUCCGUGAAUGGGGAUGACGCCGAUAACGAAGAUGAAGAUGAAACGCUACACUCUAAGGGCUCAACCAUGCGACCCAAAGUGCCUCCACCGCCUCCUCCAACCAAGGAAAAGGCCAUUCCCACCCCACUAGAAGACUCCCCAACCCACCAGGGUUCCCCCAGUGACCAUGACAACCACCAAGGGACCAUAAAGCGUUGCCCCAUGUCGGAAAGCCCUGCCCGGUCAGCCACACAUGGCCCUCCCAGACCGCCGCCCCCCAAACUCCCCCCACACAAGCUCAGCAGCUUAGGCAAUGGAGUUAGUUCGACAGACGUGAGCAGUGACACUGGGGCCGAAAAGCAGUCUACUACGCCCCAUAGUGGGACCACAAGGAAAGACAGGAAAGAAAUUCCGAAACCUAUCAGUAACGGCCUCCCCCCCACCCCGAAAGUCCAUAUGGGUGCUUGUUUCUCAAAAGUCUUCAAUGGCUGUCCUCUCAAAAUACACUGUGCUGCAUCCUGGAUCAAUCCCGAUACAAGAGACCAGUAUCUCAUAUUUGGAGCAGAAGAGGGCAUUUACACGUUAAAUCUGAAUGAGCUGCAUGAAAAUUGUAUGGAGCAGCUGUUUCCCCGAAGGUGUACGUGGGUUUACGUCAUGAGUAAUAGUUUACUCUCCAUAUCUGGAAAAGCCUCCCAGCUGUACUGCCACAACCUGGCAGGUCUGUUUGAGCAUGCUCGGCAGAUGCAGAAGCUACCUGUGGCCAUUCCUACGCACAGACUCCCUGAUAAAAUCAUUCCAAGGAAGUUUUCCAUCUCCAAUAAGAUUCCUGACACUAAAGGGUGUCAAAAAUGCUGUGUUGUGAGGAAUCCCUACACGGGCCAUAAGUACUUGUGUGGAGCAUUUCAGUCAAGUGUGGUCCUUUUAGAGUGGGUGGAGCCCAUGCAGAAGUUCAUGCUUGUCAAGAACAUUGAAUUCCACCUGCCCUGCCCACUUGAGGUGUUUGAGAUGUUGGUGGUGCCGGAGCACCCGUACCCCCUCAUCUGUAUGGGUGUCAGCAAGGGUGCAGAGUUCAACCAAGUGGUGUGUUUUGAAACCCUGGACCCAAACUCCACUUCUCCUUGGUUUGAGGAAUCUGAAAAUCCACAGACCUGUGUUAUCCACGUGACUCAGCUGGAACGAGACACAAUUUUGGUCUGCCUGGAUCGGUGCAUUAAGAUUGUGAAUCUGCAGGGGAGGUUGAAGUCCAGCAGGAAGCUCUCAGCCGAACUGACGUUUAAUUUCCAGAUUGAGUCAAUAGUUUGUCUUCAAGACAGUGUUCUGGCAUUUUGGAGGCAUGGUAUGCAGGGGCGCAGCUUCAAAUCCAAUGAGAUUACGCAAGAGAUCUCAGACAACACAAGAAUGUUCCGGCUUCUUGGAUCAGACAGGGUGGUGGUGCUGGAAAGCAGACCUACGGACCACCCCACAGAACACAGCAACCUCUAUAUCUUAGCGGGCCAUGAGAACAGUUACUGAAGUGGAAUGUGCAACAUUUGGAUUGGAACAAGGACAGGAGUCAAACCCCUUUUGAAAAGAUUUUCUUUUUUUUUUUUUUUACUACACAUGAAGUUGCUUUUUCUGCAAGGUAAUGCUGUUGCUGCUGUUGUAGAAGAGUAAUCAGGACUGGUUUAGACGGUAGUUAAACUACAGUGUGAUUUAAUUUUGAAAUCUAUUUGUAAUAUGGUUGAGCAUUUAAGGCACUGUUGGGAACAAUCUAUAAUGCAAGAAUAAAACCGCUCAACCUUACAUAGCAAUAAAGUGACUAAGCAAUAAAAAAGGUGUACAUUAUUGAAAAAUGUCCAGAUCCCAACAUAGUAAAGGAGUUGACCUUGAGUUGACCUUGACUCAAAUUGUUUUAUUUUCAUUUUUUUGUUUUAACUUGUAGGUGACUACAAUAACCAACCUGUAAACUAAGUAUAGUGACCUUAGAUAGCAUGUGCCAUUUAUCCUACUUGUCUUUUUCAGAGACAGUCAGAUCCCUAUAGAUUGCAUAAUAAUCCACACAGACAGAUGCCAUGCUUCAGAUUUUUUGGUUUUCUGAUGGGUUAAUGUCAAUUUUCCAGACGCUCUCAGAUCUUGAUCAAUGUCUGGAAUAUGAGGCUCAGUAAGAUGUGAUUUGAUCAUGGAGAUUAAAUGUUUCACAGAAGAGAAUGGCUAGACUGAGAAGUGAAGUGAAACAGAGCUCAGAGAAUGAGUGUGGAUUACCAGAUUUACAGACUUAGAAUUUACUGCAAAUGUUGUCGUCAUCCCCCCACACACACACACACCUCUAUCCUAACAAUAGCAUGUUACAUUACCCACUAAGUGCUUGACAGAAGUGUAUGUAUUUAAUGUAAAUAGAAUAUGUAGGCUGUACACUGACCAUGUACUGUAGAUAUUCUAGCAUAUUUUGUACAGCUGUGCCCUUGCUUGACAUUUGUAAAAAGCUGCUGACUAAGGUUUGCGGGGUACUGCCUCAAAGGGCUUUUUUGAGUCAUUCUACGCAACAAAAGUAGUUUGGACCACAAAGUGCAAACUAUUGGUCCAUCAUUCAUCAGAUGCCUUUCUUUGUUUUUAUUUGUUCUAUGUUGAACCACCUUCUUUAAAUUAAGCCAUAUAGAGAUAUGUUAUUUGCUUUUUACGCUGUUUUAAUUUCAGAUCUUGUAUGAUUUAUAUUCCCCUUGCUCAGACAUGCACUGGCUAUAAAAUCUGCACGUAGUAUCUUAAUCAACAUGGUAUGUAUCCAUACAGUACAUUUAGGCUAUAAGUAAACAAAGUAUAAGUAUACUAAUAAAAGAAUCAUGCAGGAGUGCAUAGGCUGCAUUACAUUUGACAUAUUGCUAGAAACUGAAACAUAACCUGUUAUGUGAAAUCGAAGCAAUAGAAUACACUAAAUGUUUUAGAAAUAAUACCAACCUGUUACACAAAAUACAAUUACAAAUCAGUUACACGUAUGAAAAACACAACUUAUGUUUUAUCAUAUUGAGGUGUUCCGGCUUGAAUAUUUGCCAUAGUCAUGUGCCACUUACUGUUAAUGUUUUUCUGUUACGUUUUAUGCUGGAAACAAGGUGGGAUCACUUUUGGCCAAAUUCAUUUUUACAGUUUUAGUGUUCCUUUUCCCGCCAAAUGACCAUAAUGUAGGUCAUUUCAUUGUCUCUUUCCAUGUUGAUUCAUUGUAAAUUAUGUACAAUAAAACAUUUGGUUUACAAACUA